AUGAAUUCGGUGCUUCAGGCUCUUCAACGACUCGCAAACCCCGCUCAGUUUGAGAACGCUGCGGUCGAGAAGCUUCUUCUCUAUCUCAUCAUCGUGUGCUACGAAGCCGAUGCGAUCACUCAAACCGAGGACUUGUCGCACGAAGACGAGCAAGCCGAGCUCUCCGACGAAGCGCGCGCCGCGCAGUUCGAAACCCAGACGCUCUUCGACGGUUUGAAUUCCCUGGUUUCCACGCUGUUCAGCACGGAACUGCUUCCGAACGCCUUCACGACGAUCGUUCGACGCAUCCCGCAGACCUCGCUCACCUCCAAGAGCCGCCCGGCCUAUCCGGAUCUCUCGCCGAUGGCGCUGUUCCAAGCGGACUGGGAGUCGCAGAUCGCGAUCUACACGUUGUACAGACUGGGUAUUUCCUUCCCUGCGCAGCUGCAGUACUUGUUCAUCAACAAUGUGAACGGGCUUUCGCAGCAGCGAGUGAUGUCGCUGCGCGCCUACACGCAUUUCUACCUAACGAAGCCGGUUUUGCUGGAGAACGUGAAGCGUGCGACGCAGAUUUUGCAGAAGGAGGAUCUGGAAGACGUGACGAUUGACACGAAGUCGGACGGCAUUUACAUGCAGUUGAUGAUCGAUAUGACGCCGGUGGUGGUGCAUUUCGUGUUCUCCGACUAUUAUCCGCUGGAUAUUUCGAUCCUGAUUCAUAACCAGAACUCCUUCCUGCGCGCUGCGUCCGUCGAGAAAUGGCAAGUGAUGAUCCGCAAACGACUCUCAAACAACCGGCCUUUCUAUAUGAGCAUGGUUCUCAUCGCCAAAUCGCUGCUUCACCACGUGUCCAAUCUCGAGCCCUGCCCGAUUUGCUACUGCGUGCUGCACCCUUCGACGCAUUCGCUGCCCGAUCGGAACUGCUCGCACUGCGUGGGACGCUUCCACAGCAGCUGCUUGACGACGUGGUUCAAAAACUCGCAGAGUCACAACUGUCCGCUCUGUCGACAGCCCAUCGCGUUGUAG